GUAGUUUAUAUGAAGACAUAUGGAAUGUUAGGAUCCAUUUUGACAAUAAUGAUCUGUUAGAGAGGAAAUUAAGCUCUUCAGAUGUGACAUAUCUAAAUAUGGUUGCAUUGAUGGAAACCCAAGGCUUUAGUAUUGAUGAUUCACUGAUGUUUUACAUGGAGACCCCAGGAGAGCAGGGCUUGGAAUUGGUUGAUAGUAAUGUUAAACUACAGUUGAUCAAGAGGCAGAAUGAGGAGAGUUUGGUGCUUAAUUUGCUAUUUAGGGCUUGUCCACCAGCUGUCAGUGUACCACAGAAGGGUUUUGUACGGAAGCAAAAUUUAGAUAUAACUGAAUAUUCUGAGCCUGUUGUUUUUUAUCUUGCCGAUCCUCCUGUUUAUGCUGUUGAUCAGCAAGGUGUUGCUUAUGAAGGUCAGAGUAGCAGUUAUAUUGCAGCUGUAGGCCCUGCUGUUUUAACACAAGAGAGCAGGAGUGUUCUAAAUCCCAAGUUAAAAGAAGUUGUGGAAGAAGAACAAGUUGGCUAUGAUGGCAGUUAUGCAUGUUCAUCUGAAGGAUCUGAAGGGCAGUAUGAUAGUGACAUGGGGGAUUUAAGGCCUAACUAUAAUGAGGAAAUGCAUGAUGUUGAAGACAUGGAGAUGGAAGAGGAAAAUAGACAGAGAGAGGAAGAAGUACAAGAGCAACAUGAGGAAGAAACAGAGGAUGAAGAAUCAGAAGAAGAAUUAGAGGAUGAAGAACAAGUGCAUUAUGAGGGUGACACAGAGGUAGAGGAAUUAUUUGAGUUGGAGGAUGAUGACCCUAUUGUUCCAGAAGAGGAGGAAAAAAUAUAUGUGCCAGCAAAGAAGAAGCAGAAGUUGCAAGUAAGGAGGGGACCAACAACAAGGUCACAUUCCAGUGUUUUAGAAGAAGUGCAACCUGAUUGGAAACCAUCAUCAGAUGAAGAAGAUGAUAGUUUAUUGAAGGACAGUGAAGAUGAUGGGUUUGAGCCACUAGCAUUUGUGCUACCUCAAAAAAGAAAGAGUAGGGCAAAGAAGAGGCCAGCUAGAGUAUGGUACAAUGAGGAUUUGGAACAACCACACCAACAACUAAAACUGCAUAUGUGCUUCAAAGAUCAACAUCAAUUCAGAGAUGCUCUGUUGAGCUUGCACAUCACUCAGUGCAGAGACUUCAAGUAUCACAGGAACUCAGAUCAGAGGAUCAUUGUGCAUUGCAAGAAUGAACAUUGUAAGUUCUGCAUUGUGGCAGCUGUUAUAAAAGGGGAAAACACUUUUGUAAUUAAGAAGAUGAGGAUACAACACACCUGCCCUAGUUCUACUGAAACAAGCAGGGUAAGUGCAAAGUGGCUUGCAAAGCAAUAUGAGCCACUAUUCAGAUCUGAUGUCAGUACUAGCAUACAUACACUUAUUGAUGCCUGCAUGGAAAAGUAUGGUGUGGAUGUGCCCAAGGCUAUGGCAUAUAGGGCAAAAAACUUAGCUGUUGAGGCUGUGUUGGGAGAUCAUAGGAAGCAAUACCCAAGGCUGAGAGACUAUGCUCAGACUGUGAUGGAUACAAACCCUGGGAGUAGAGUUAUAGUCACCACUGUAACUCCAAAAGCCACUGAAAAAAUCCCACAUCCAGGACCAAGAUUCCAUGCCAUGUUUUACUGCAUCAAUGGAGCAAGGGAGGGAUUUCUACAGGGCUGUAGACCAUUCAUUGGUAUUGAUGGAUGUUUUAUCAAGCUGACCACUGGUGCACAAAUCCUUGCUGCCACUGGUAGAGAUGGCAAUAACAACAUAUACCCACUGGCAUUUGGCAUUGUUGGACAAGAGGACAAAGCAAACUGGUGCUGGUUUCUACACCAACUGAAGAUUUGUCUUGGAGGAGAAGUUGGACAGUAUGGUCCAUAUACUAUAAUGUCAGACAGACAGAAGGGGCUAUUAUAUGCAGUGAAUAGAGUUUUUCCUAACAGUCAUCAAAGAUUCUGCUUAAGACACAUAUAUGCAAACUUCCAGAAUGCUGGCUUUAGGGGGGAGGACCUUAAGAAGUGCAUGGAUAAUGCCAGUUAUGCAUAUAAUGAACACAAAUUUAAUAAAGCAAUGGAUGAUCUCAAAGCUGAGAGUGUGGAAGCUUGGCAGUGGCUUAGUGCAAUACCCAAGAAAACAUGGGCUAGGCAUGCAUUUGACACAAAUAGCAAGACUGACUUGGUUGUCAACAAUUUGUCAGAGGUGUUUAACAAGUACAUCCUAGAUCAUAGGAAAAAACCAAUAAGAACUAUGUGUGAUGGCAUAAAGGAUAAGCAGAUGGUUAUGUGGCACAGGAAUAGAGAGAGUGGAAGGGAAGCUAGAUGGGAGAUCACACCACAUUACAGUGAGAAGUUGGAGAUUGAAAAGGAAAGGGCCAGGUACUGCAAACCCAUUCAAGCAGGUGUUAACUUGUGGCAAGUAACUAGUGGUGAGCAAACACAUGCUGUCAAUUUGGAAGUUGAAACCUGUGGUUGCAGAAAGUGGGACCUCAGUAGCAUCCCAUGUAACCAUGCCAUCUCAGCAAUCAACAAGGCAAAAAGGUUUCCAGAGGACUUUGUAAGCAAAUUUUUCAAGAAACCAUAUUAUUUGGCAGCAUAUGAACCAAUGAUAUAUCCUGUCCCUGGUGAGCAUGACUGGACAAAGACCCCAGGUCCAGACAUAGAACCACCAGCAUUUAAAGUGAAGAAAGGAAGAAGGAAAGAGAAGAGAAUAAAGGGAAAAUUUGAAGUUCCAAAGCCAAAGUCCACCUCAAGAAUGGGGACAAUAACUUGUAGCAAUUAUGGAUUACAAGGGCAUAAAUACACAAACUGCCUUAAACAGUUGAAACCUGAGUUGGCCUUAAGAAAGAACAAACAUGUGCCUGCUGGAAGGAAUUCACAAGCAAGAGGUGUUGCUCCUACAGCUCCUGCAACAACACCUAGAGCUGCUUCAGCAACAGCUAGAUCUCCUGCACCAACAACUAGGGCUCCUACACCAACACCUAAAGCUCCUACACCAACACCAAGAGCUGCUCCACCUGCAAAAACUAGGGCUCCUGCUGCAACACCAGGAGGAAGAACUGGAAGUGCUGCUGGUAGAGGUGGUGGAAGUGGUGCUGGUAGAGGUGCAGGAAGAAGGGCUGGUGGUGGAAGAGGAUCUGGAAGAGCAUCUUCUAGUGCUCAAUCUUCUGCUGGGAGAGGUGCAAAUUCUUCAAGGCCUUUCUCUGCCCCAAGGCAGUAUGGUGCCUCAACUUCUAGUGCUCCUCCACCAACUGAUGGCACACACACUGGAUGGAUGGCCUGGUUCAAUGCUAGUAGAGGUGGCAGAAGGUGAUGCAAACUUCUGUUGAUUCUACAAUGUGCACCUGCUACAAUGUGGCAUGUUAUCUUUUGGUUUGAUGCCACUACAAUGUCUUGUAUUCCUGCUACAAUGUGCUUUAUUUUGGUUUGAUGCCACUGCAGUAACUUGUGCUGCUGCUACAAUGUGAUUUAUUUUGG